CCCACAGGUAAUAAACAAAAAAGCUUAACAAUUACCCGACGAUCACAAACCGGUCAGUAUAACAUCAACUCUUACUCAGUGCGGAUAACUUCCAGAGAGCUAGAAUAAGGGAAAACUGGUCAUUAUAAAACCAAAACACAACAUGAGCAGCCUCAUACUGUGGCCUAAAAGACAGACGUCGAAAUCAGUGUUCUUACUGAUACUGUUUUGUUCUUUGGUGCAUUCCGUGCCACGAUAUCAACCAUUAGUGCGAAGACGUGACCCGUCCGAAGCUGAACAAGUUCCCAAAUUGGACAGGUCUAAGUGUGAAACAAUGUAUCCAAACUGUACCGACGUUGUCAACUAUCCGCAGCAAAAAGUUAACGAGGCCGUCGCCCCACAUGAACAUCGGUAUGCAGCAUUCCUGAGCAAUGAAUUCGAGGAAGAAAGUGAUAUACUGGGAAAGAAAUUCGACACUUCCGAUAACGAAUUUCUUUGUGACAGCGAGCAAAUAGUGAUCCACCCGAAGACAGGACUAACCAACGAUGGACAAUCAGUCUUCAUUGUUAACACCGAUAAAUAUAUGCAGGGAGUACGGAUAGAAAAAUGUCGCAGGCAUGGCCAAACUUGCAACAAGCUGGAACAUCUGAUAUCGUUCCUAAAGACCGAAUGUAUGCAGCUUUUCCAAGACAGAAUGAUGCUAGCCAUCGAUGUGGCUACCAAACAACCAUACAAAGCAGUGUUCCGGUGGCCAUCCUGCUGCAAGUGCGUCAUCAUACCGCUGAAGCGACGGGGAAAGGGUAGAUCGUGAAACAUUGCCGUUGCAGGUGGGCACUAUGCACUUUGCAUAAAUAUGUACCCAAUUGUAAAUGUUGGGAGGAUCGUUGCCGGCGAAAGGACCAAUAAAACCCUUGUUACUGCAAACAGGCAAUCCGUGGAAUAACAACGGAUUUAGAUUAUGGCCAUGUGAUAGGAUAGGAAUCAGUUACAUUUCUACCUGCAGCGAUAUCGAACGAAAUCUGCCGUACUACCUCCGUAAGCAGCAGUAUCCAUGGAACUGCCAGAGUCUGAUGUGGAUUAAGCAAAGUGUGGGCUUCGAAUUCGAAUUUUAUGAUUCAAUGCAAGCCAUUCAGUUACAAAAAUGAGACAGAAGCUUUGAAUGACAAUUAAAUAGAAUAAUAUAUUCAUUCGAAUGAAGUAGUACAUGUACAUAUAGUUUGCGAAA